CCUCCAGGUGGGCUGCCGCCACCACCAACACCACACUGAGUUCAAAGAAGGCAAGAAAAAAAAAAAGCGUGCAGCUGCAGCCCGGAGGAGAAAAAACUCGGAAGAGCCUCCAUCCCCGUCUCCCCAGCGUGCUUGACGGGACGUUGGACGUCUCAUGUGCGCCACUUGGAACCUUCUCGCCCGCGCUGCUACUGCUUGCUCCUUCUUCUUCCGAUGUGGACUUUCUGGUUCCAAGCGGGAUCUCACAUGCACCUUUGAGACUUCAAGGAUGUUCCACCUCGAUGGGACUCUGUCAGCCGUCACUUCUGCGCUCGUGUUGGGAAUAACUUGUCUGGCCGUCGUCUGCGAUCUCUCCAAGGGCUCCUCAGACUUCUCGGGCUACUUGUCCAAAGUGUUGAAGAACUACUCAGAGCAGGCCUGUGACGGAGAGCUGCUGUCCGUUCGCUGCCCGCCUCGCACCACCGUCACCGUCCAAUCGGCUUUUUACGGAAGGAAAGGCCGCGCUGAUCUCCAUCGCUGCCCUCAGAACUACCAGGCCCUCCUCGGUUAUUAUGACGCUGGGGGGGAUGACGACUGCUCCGUGUCGACUGCACUGCAGAAAAUGCUGGACGAGUGCCAAGACAGAAGGAGCUGUCAAGUUCUUGUCAACAGCCGUGUGUUUGGGGCCGACCCGUGUCCUGGCAGCAGCAAAUACCUCUCAGUGAGCUACAAGUGUAGACCCAAUGAAUAUAAGAGCAAAGUGGUGUGCGAGGAGGACAGGAUGAGGCUGAGCUGCAAACGGGGAAUGCAAAUCGCCGUCUACUCGGCCAUGUUUGGUCGCACCCAGCGGGGCACGCUCGAGUGUCCUCCGCACCACAGAGGAGCGCCAUCAGUAGAUUGCCAGUCGUCCAUCGCCCUGGAGGUCGUGACCUCCCGCUGUCAGGCCAGAAAGAGCUGCUCGGUUCGAGCCUCAUCCAGGGAAUUUGGGGAUCCCUGCUACUCUGGCACCAGGAAGUACCUUAAUGUCAUCUACACUUGUGUCCCAAAGAAGUUACUCCAGGAAGAGAACUCCAGAACACCAGCCCACUCACCCCCAUCCAGUGCCCAUGACCCCAACAUAGUGGGAGACGGCCCUCCCCAGGGGAGCUCGGUCAAGCGCCCCAACGCUGUUCCAGACCGGAAGCGUAUCAGAGAGACCAGCAGCGACCACGAAAGGUAUCCAGAGGUGGAAAGAGAAGUGGACGAGACUCCGUUGAAGCCCCCGGAGAUUAAUCCCAUUUUCAACUCCACCUCCAGCCCCGGCAUGGCCCUCAUUAGCAACGCACUGGCGGCCUACACAUACGUCUCAAACCACCCAGAGAGGGCGGCUCUCUUCUUUGUUUGUGGCGUCUGUCUGGGCCUCUUCCUCACCCUAUUCGCGCUGGUGGUCCAGAUCUCCUGUCGCACCGACUGCCAACCACGCCACCGGCAACCCGCCGCCAAGAAACGCGCCCGCCCCCCAGCCGACUCGUCCUCGGACUCCAGCGAGUCCGACUCGGACUGGGACGCCAACUCGGAUCUAUCGGCGAGAAGGCACCGGCGCUUCGAGCGAACGCUCAACAUGAACGUGUUCACGUCGGCCGAGGAACUGGAGCGAGCGCAGAGGUUAGAGGAGAGGGAGCGAAUCAUCAGGGAGAUCUGGAUGAACGGGCAGCCAGAUGUCCCCGGAACGCGGAGUCUCAAUCGGUAUUACUGACAAACGCUUUUGGGGCGGAAAGCUUACUUGAACAAGACUUAGGAUGGCUCGCGCCUGUCAAUCAAGCACGGGGAUACCUUCAAAAUAGUUGGCCUUCUUUUUGGGGGAGUUUUCGCCCAUCUCUUGUGGGACGCUGGCUUCCUCGGACCUCUUGGAGGUGAUUAAAAGCGGUGAGCGAGGCACCAGGCAGCUGCAACGCUUGGAUUUUUAGCUAGCAAGAAGUGUACAGGACAAUCUUAUUUUUUUUUUUUCCACAGAGGAUGCUACCUUUUUACAAAACCAAAAGAUAUUAUCUUUUUUUUUUCCUCACCCCGCAACCCUUAUGAAAUAUAUUUUAUAAUAUUUAAUAGCUUAUUGAUUUUUGUGUAUUUUUGUCCUCACGUAUGGUUUAUCAUGAGAUAUUUUUUUAUACUUGGUAAAGGUCCGGCGUCUCAGGGAUACAAUCCUACAAGUGUCUGUUUGGUUUUGCCUUCUAAGAGGGGGGUAGGGGGUCAACCCCCCUUUUUUUUUUUUUUUAAACCAUGUACGUCGGCGUUUGAAGAGAGAAAAUAUCAUAGAGAGCCUCAAAGAGGUUUUUAGUGAUUUCCCCUUAUAUUUUGAUACGGAAUGUGAAACUCACAGUGCAGUGCCUUUUCAAUCUACGGUCUCUCGCAGAUCUGCUGAUUAGAAAUACCAAAUCAUUGAGUGUAUUUCCUUUUGGUUGUUUUUAGUUGCUUUUGAAACACAUUGAACAGGACUCAUAUCUGGAAGCAUCAGUCACUGCGAGCUAAGAUUUCAAAUCACAUCGCCCGUAUUAAUAUAAGCUAUUUACAAUCCAGUUCUGUUUGUGCUUCUCUGGAUUUGAGUGUAGAAAUGACAAUAUUUUCUUUAAUAAUGUUCUACUUGAGGUGAGUAACGGAUAGUACGCAGGACAUUUUAGGGUCACCCACAUUGGGACAGCCUGUCUAAGCUGUAUCAUUUUUGGAGAAUUUUUUUUUUUUCGUUUGGAUAUGAACGCGGAGAUAGCUGACAAACACGAGACCAAGAGAUGAUCCCUGUGUUCGGAAUAAAUUGUUGAAAAAUA